UGGAGGUCGAACAACGUUGGCUCAAACUAACAAACCAGCGUUUUGGUGCAUAAAAGUGCACAAUAACCAUGCUCUCCAUGCUCUCCAUGCUGCUGUGGGAUAAGUUCAUCUUGACUGGCUCCUCAUUAGACAUGAAGUUGUUUAUCCAGCCGCUCCUUCCUGCUGUGGCAGCUGCGAAUUAUGAUCAUGCUGAAACUCUUGAAUCUCCUUCUUGCCUGUGCGCUGAUCAGUUGUCAGAUGUACGUCUCACAGGCAGCUCCAUCCAGAACUAGUAAGGAGUCAAUAUCAGAUAGAGUCACACUAUCGAAUGAUGAUGCCCAAAGCUUACUCAGAGCUAUCAAGGACUUCAUGCAGAUAACAUCAGAUGAGCAAGAGCACCAAACAGCUGAUGGAAACAGCUUGGAUAGACCCCUUUCUAAGCGCUGCACCGGCUUGAGCACUUGUGUGCUGGGCCAACUCUCCCAGGAUAUUCACAAACUCCAAACCUAUCCCCGCACCAACGUGGGAGCAGAGACGCCCGGCAAGAAGCGAAGUCUCUCUAAGUCAUAUGAAAACUACGGAAACUCAUACAAUUGAAACUCUUAUAUUUAGCCCAGUCUAUUCUUCUGUCUGCCUGAGUUAACGUUUGCUUGUUCAUCCAGCUCUGUUUUCAUUCACGAGACUGCUGAUGCAUGUGAAUCCUAUUUGUCUGACUAACUACAUAGAAACAGCUUUGCUUUCAUUUUCCCUCAGAUUUGAACUACUAAGGUAGUUCUGUACAAUACAAUAAAAUAUGGUAACAG